AGUUCAAGUAAAAGAAUAAUGAAGCCGUUUUAGAUAUGAUGGCAGCACUAUUCGGUUUUGUGAAGAAGAUGGCGAAACAAAAUAUAGUAUCCACGUGUGGUGUGGUAAUCCUAACAUUGUUUGUAAACAAUAGUUUGAAUAUCACAGUAGGGGAGAAAUGAUGUUGGCGACAUUUGAUAGUUUGAAUAUAACUGUAGGGGAGAAAUGAUGUUGGCGACAUUGUAAAAUUCAUGCCUUUAACGCAGUGUAUCCGCAAACACGCCACGUUAAAAAUUGAAAAUGAAGUCAAGUCUAAGAUGCGCAGUUUUUCUUUUAUUGGCUGCCACAAGCAAAACUGCUGAUACGAACUGUCCGGCUUUGAAUGAUGCCGAUAAUCUCUCACAGACACAGUUAAUUGAACGGCUUACACACGGCUGCCGUUAUGAUCGCCUGGAGCGACCGGUUAGCUAUACCGAAAUAAAUGGCGCACGCCUGCCCAUAGACGUUUAUGUGCGUGCUUAUAUUUACUUCAUGCAAAACUUAGAAGCGCAUGAUUUGCAAUUUAAAAUACACGUGUUACUGCAAUUACGAUAUCUCGAUCCCCGCUUAACGUUCCGUAAAGUGGCGCCAAAGCGAAGACAACCUAUUUUGGGCGAGAAGCAAUUACGAGAUACACUUUGGAUGCCGCAUAUAUUUUUGGCAAAUGAAAGGGAUUCAAGUUUACUAGGUACUAAUGAAAAGGAUAUACUGACUUCAAUUUCACCCGAUGGCACUGUAAUCAUAUCGUCACGCAUUAAAGCUACACUCUAUUGCUGGAUGAAUUUGCAGAAAUUCCCUUUCGAUGAGCAACAAUGCAGCACCAUACUAGAGAGUUGGAUGUAUAAUACAUCUGAACUUGUGUUGCAUUGGGAACAAAAGCGUCCGAUAACGAUCGACCCCGCGCUACACCUAACCGAAUACAUGCUACAUGGUGCUUGGUCCAAUGAGACUGUAGUCAAUGCCGAUUUAAAUGAUUUGCGGCACGGUGCUUUUGCUGGAAAUUACAGCUCACUUAGUUUCACAGUGCAUUUAACGCGUGAAGUAGGCUUCUAUGUGAUGGAUUAUUUUCUACCCUCAGUGCUUAUAGUGGGAAUUUCGUGGGUGUCCUUCUGGUUGCAAGCAGAUCAAGCGCCACCACGCAUCAUGCUGGGCACCAGCACUAUGCUAACAUUCAUAACACUGGCCUCGGCACAAGGUAAAACUUUACCCAAGGUUAGUUACAUAAAAGUUUCGGAAGUGUGGUUCCUCGGCUGUACGCUCUUCAUUUUCGGCAGCCUCAUCGAAUUCGCUUUCGUCAAUACAAUUUGGCGUCGCAAACGUAAUGUGGAUGUGAAAAAACUGAAUAGCAAGCAUAUACUCAAAUCAACAUUGUCGCCACGCGCCAAACGACGUGCUACUGGACGUUCGCGUUCCUUCUGUGUGCCGCCGGCAACAACACAGAAAGAAAACGAUCCAUUUAAUAAUUAUCUUACGGUACACAAUAUACCGAUACACACGAUACAUGAGCAUGAAGUUGUGGAUAAUCUAUCGAAAUCGACUAGUUUCAGUAGCACAACAUUAAAUGCUGGUGAAAAAACAGAUUUGGGAAACGUUGAAAUGGGCGAGGAGCAUCACAAUAAUGGCUGGACCACGCUCACACCGCAAGAAAUAUCCAUGUGGAUCGAUCGCAAAGCACGUUGUGUAUUUCCUUUAGCUUUUUUAGUUUUCAACGCAUUCUUUUGGACAUUUGUCUAUGUAGUUUAAAUGCGGUUUUAAUUUGAAAGCUACCGGUACGCUUAAAUGUUCUUAGCUUUUUUAAUAAGGUUAUUUAACUGCUGCAUAAAACUUUUUAAUUAACCUAAGGCUAACUGUAAUAGUUUUUGCUGCCGUCUAUGUGUGAAAAAUUUUGUUUUGUUGUGUCAAAUUUAUUUUCGCUCUUUAAUUUUGGAAUUUAAUUUUUUUGUUUACUUUUUAGCACUCGAACACGUUAAAAAAUUCAUUGUUAUUAAGUUUUUGUAAACAUGUUUGCCCUGUAUAAUUUAACUAUUUUAAAACCAAAUAAUUUGUUAUUACUAUAUCCGUUACUAACAUUAUUUUUUAAAUUUAAUUAUGUAUAUUUUAAAAAUUGUGUAAUACAAAUCGUAAAUGCUUUAGGAAUCUUAGGUUCUACUUAAAAGUAAAUGUGAAUUUUUGUUCGUAAUUGCAACUUGCAUUUCUACAUACACACAUACAAGGUUGCACACUUAUUUUACGCUAAUGAAUCAAAGCUCUUUGUUUGCAUCAUA